UCAACCUCUGCACUGUGUACAGCAGCACCGUACCCCGGCUGGAGCCCGGACCGGCCCCCCUUCAGUCCGGUUCUGACCCACGAACCUGCCGCGUGUCGGACACGGAAGCACGCACGCGCACCGGCGUCUGCGGGGAUUUGGAGACUAGUGUUCGGUUCAAUUCCUCCUGGAUUUUUUGGACCGGUUUCGUGUUGCCAGGGAAGACAAACUCCGAGCAGCCAUGAGAGUUCAGCGUCUGUUGACCACAUCACUCCUUUGCUGCUUCUGACCAAACUCGAUUUAGUGAACCGAAGAUGUCAGCCUGCAGCGACUUUGCAGAACACGUGUGGAAACCCGGUUCCUGUAAGAACUGCUUCCACCCAUUUAGCGCACACAAGACUGUGGGCGUGGGUGGCAUUGUUCCAGCCGCCGGUCUGAAGAGCAGCCCAGGAGGUGAUGAAGACGGCGGAACAACGGCGCCUUCACCUUAUAGUAAACCCACCAUCGCUGUCAAACCCACAAUGAUGAGCCUUGACACCAACGAGUCGAUGACUGACAUCAACAUGAACAUAGAGCAGGAAAACACAAAGAGUCCAGUCGAGCAUUUGGGCCUGAAGACGCUCUUAGACUUGUCCUCUCUAUAUAUUGACAAUAGCGGCUGCAAAAAGGCCCAUAGAGAGACAUUUCUUCAAAGCCCUGACAGCAAGAUGGACUGCAACAACUGCUUUUCUUUGGCGCCUUUGUCCCCUAAUAUGCUGCCUAAAGACUCUAUGAUUAUCAGCAGCAUCUUUGUCACUCAGGAGGAGGGUAGAGGUUCUCAGAGUUUAAAGAAGAAUACCAAUGGAGAGACAUGCAGGCAGAUGAACAAUACUACUACAAGAACCGCUAAGAGCACUUAUAAUGACAGCGGAGUUACGGCAAGCAGAGCAAAUAAUCAGGAGGCCCAUCAAACAACUGUGGGGAUGCCUUUGUCUGUGGAUAUAGUCUUCUCUAGUCCUGCCAAAGUUCAUAGUAAUGGUAUCAGCUGUCAGGAUAAAACUACUGUUAACACUGUGACGGGCAGCACUUCCAUCACAUCCUCCACCACAGUCAGUGCGGACACCACCAGCCUACGCUCACCACCCAGCGUAUCUGACUCCUCCUGCUCUUAUCGUAGCAGUACUGAUUCACUACCAGAGGGGUUAGGAGUGGGGCCGCUCAGGUUAGGGAGUCCCCAAAGCCCACCACCAACAGGUAGCUCACAAUCAGCACCCACCUCCCCCAACGGACAGCAAGACAAAGAACCCAUUUAUGCAGAGAGCACCAAGAAAAAGCGCCGGCCACAGGGGAGCAUGCUGCGAUCUCCCAUCCAAACUAAGAACUCUGAGUUUGAGCUUCCAGGAGAAUGUCCGCGGGCCACCAUCACGGUAAUGGCUGCUCAUACAGAGGAGAACAACAGGACAUUCUACCUGAGCAGCCCAGACUCAGCCGUCAGUACCCAGUGCCACUUCAGUCCAACAGCUCGGAAAGAUGCAAACAGCUCAGCCUUCCGCUGGCCGAGCCCCAGCCACAGCAGCCCCUCAUUGGCCACUGAAGCCACCAGUGCCCCCCCUCUGUAUCCCAAACCUCAGUCCAGUCCACCCAUUCCCCCAAAAAGGACCACCCGCUCCCCCAAAUUGGGCACCUCUAGCCUCUCAUCUUCCUUCUCUUCACCUGUCCCUCUCCCCGAACUCCCAAAACUAAGCACCUCCAGCCUCUCCCCAUCCAUCUCUUCUCCUGUUCCACUCCCUGAACUUUCCAUGCUUUUCCUCGUAUCCGCCAAAGAGGGCCACUUUAAGGUCCAGUCAGAGAACCACACCAUGGCCGAUCGCAGACCCAAGCCACACCACCACAGUUCUGGAUGGAGCUGUCGAAUCGAGGAAGAAGAGGAAGAUGAGGAGAAAGAGCGGAAGGACGGAGAAAAGAAAAAGCAGCCCACCGACCCAGGGACGCCCUCUGCAGCGGCGGGUCUGGUCAAUGGUGCUGCAGCCUGGAAGGAGGCCAGGGACUGGAAGGCUCAAAGCAGCCCCCCUCCGACGACAGAGCCAGGCACGGCCCCCCCGGCCACCCUCAACAAUGGUGGUGCCUGUCAGGAGGAGGCUGAAGGCACCGGUGCAGAGGAGGAGACCAGGCAGAGCGGGAGCAUGCCGGCCAAGCAACCGGUGCAUGUUGGCUCAAUGGAGCGUCUGGCAACAGGAAAAGGAGCUGUCAACCGUGAGCCCAACCCUCCACCCCCCCCACCCAAGAAACUGCACAGAGUCUGUGGUAGGAUGAGUGGCAGUAACAUGGAGCUGGACCGCUGUAGUCAUCAGGGUUCAGUGGACAGUCCGACUUCAUCUGUCCGGGGUUUGGGUGAUGCCAGCCUACCUACAGCCUCCACUGACAGCUUGAACGCUGACACAGGUUCUCGGGAUGCUACACGGAUGUCUUGUUCCUCUCCAUUUCCCAGAAGUCCAGUGGCUUCAGCUCCAGGGUCUCCCCAUCCACCGUCUUUUAACAGCUUAAGUAACCAGCCACCUCCACUCCCAGAGAAAAAGAUGGUGAACCGAACCGUGUCGGCUCCUGAUAAUGGGAAACCUUUUAUCAGGUCCUAUCCACGCCUUCCAUUCACUGGCUCAGAAAUAAACAUGUGCCAGCCGGUGGACGGCAGCUCUCGGUCCAGUUUACCAUCCAGUCCCAUCGACACACGGCCAAUUUUCUCUUCAACUGAGUAUCUGGAGCGAUGCCACGCCCCCCUGGGACGUCCAAUAAGGUCCCAGACACUAGAUGAACCACUUAAAGGUCACGGCCGUUUGGGGGUUCACGGCCGAGGUAGCAUAACCUGCUCCUCUUCCCCCCAGCUCAGUGUACCCUUGUCGGCCACAGAACCAGGUGUGAUUCCCAACCUGGGCUCCAGCCUUCAACUCCAGACGCUACUCAGCAACAUCGACAGCAGGGAGGGGGUGUACUCCAAACUGGGAGGGCUGUACGCCGAGUCUCUGCGACGCUUGGCUCUGAAAUGUGAAGAUCACUUCACCCGCUCUCAGAGAAACCCACUGAGGUUUGACGAGAGCAACUGGUCUCUGUUCAGGCUCACAUCCAACAAACCAAGCUGCAACACCGGAGAUGCUGUGUACUAUUCAGCUGCAUGCGCCUCAGACCCCAGGAACUCCUACGCUGUUAAGAUCUGUAAGAGUCCAUGUGUGGAGUCCAAACAGAGCCAUCUCUACGGUCUGUCGGUGCAGCAGAGCAUGCCCUCCCACUUCAAUCUCCAGCAGGACUGUGGACACUUCCUGGCCUGUGUCCCCCAAAGCAUGUUACCCCCUGACGAAGCCUCCGUUCCCCCCACACCUGCCACUUCACUGCCUCAGCCAUCUGCUUCAGCCCCUGGCCAGCAGUUGGAAAGAGAGCGGGUGGUGGUCAUCACACCAGAGAUCCCCCAGCAGACGGCGGCCGACUUUGUCAGAGAGUGGGAGGCGUUCCAUAAAAGCCAGCCUGAAGUCUAUGAGCGCCGGGUUUGCUUCCUCCUCCUGCAGCUCUGCAAUGGUUUGGAGCACUUGAAGGAGCAUGGGGUCACCCACCGUGACCUCUGCCUCGAAAACCUUUUGCUGGUUCCUCAUCAACGCAGGUCGUCACCCCCCCACAUCCCCCCACAGACCCCCGCUGACAGUAACGGGUCCGGUUCCGUGGACCAGCGUCACCUUCCUCGACUCCUCAUCAGUAACUUUGCCAAGGCGAAGCGUCGCUCCUCAGAAGACGCCGCCUCGAUGAGCGUGGACCCUCGCAUCAAACGUGACCAUGCCAGGCUGGCACCGGAGAUCGUCUCUGCAGCCCAGUAUCGCAAAUUUGAUGAGUUUCAGACAGGCAUCUUAAUCUAUGAACUCCUCCACCAACCCAACCCAUUUGAGGUCAGCCCGGCGCUGAAAGAACAGGACUACCGCUGUGAAGACCUGCCCCCCAUCCCCCCCAUCUCCCUUUACUCCGAUGGUCUCCAGAGGCUGGCCCAGCUGCUGCUCCAACCCGACCCCAUCAAACGGAUCCAUAUCCAGGAGGCCAAGCGCAUUCUGCAGAGCCUCCUGUGGGGCCCCAGGAAGGACCUGAUGGAGCAGCAGUGGGAGAGACAUGGCCAGCGGGGGGGCUUCAUUGACGGCUCCAGACACGAGGGCCUCCUCAACUGGCUGGACGUCAAACGGGCAUUGCUCAUGAUGAAGUUUGCUGAACGCUCCCUCGAACCAGAACGCAACGCUGAGCUAGAGGACUGGUUGUGCUGUCAGUACUUCUCGUCGGCCCAUCCUCUGUCUUUGUGUCAUACAGCUGAACUACUUUACUCACUGAAGUGACAAAUUCACCAGAGGACUGAAAAACAUGUGCAGCUGUGAAUGUGUGUAUAUGAAACAUCAGUACUGUCAAACUCUACACACUGUGGACGGGUCCAGAUAUUGUGACCCUUUGGAUUCUCAUCCUCUUCUAUACUAGAUAAUGUGAACAUCUAUGUUUGCUUUAUUACCACAUGCAUGACAGCCACGCACCAACAGUACUGUGGACUGUGUGUCUCAGACACAGUAACCCACUGUAAAGAAACGACCUGUGAAAACUCUACAUUUCCUUGAACAGUGACAGACCUAAGAAUAGGUUAAGUGGAACACUGACUCAUCACAAAGGACAGUGGUGGUGUAGAACUCAAGAAGGGUCUUGACCAUAGUUUUACUCAGUCUUGACAAAUAAGACAUGGGCUUUUGUUUGAAGACUGGAUAAGACCGUAAAUGUGGAGGCAUCACUGGACUGCUUGUCCUGUAUUUGUUAACAUCAUUACUGUCAUUUCAUGUGCUGUUCCUGCUUCAAGUACAACUGAUAACAUGAGUUGACAUUUUUGGAGAAGACGCUGUGUGUUUCUAGAGGAGACAUCAGUCUAAUGUCUCAUUUCUGUCAAACCACAAAGAUUUCAUCUGUAACAGCAGCUUCCAAACAAGGACACAACAACGCAUCAGCUAACCCCUAAUGUGUUUGUGAUGACUGUGGUUCGCUACGCAUCUGCUUCCUUUUCAAGGAUGGUUAAUGACUCUAGACAUGUUUAUUUCAGUGUUAUGUUCUUGCUCCAUAUCCAGUCUUGGUCUCGGUUUAGGUGGUCUUGACUACAAAGCUUUUUGACAGUAUUUAUAUGUGUGUAAACCUCUUCGUAGAGCUUCAUGUUUGACACCGUCCUUUUUGUGCUUCCAAAUAUCAAGACUUUUCAACCACUGAGAACAGACGAACAGUUGAUACUAAACCUCAGUCAGUGUCCUCCAGAUUCACACAUGGCUGCUGUGUUGCAUCUAAAUGUGCAGCUAACUUGUCUGUCUGAUUUCUGUAUGAAAUGACAUCCUUUUCCAUUCUCAUUUAACCUCAUUUAUAACCAAUGUAAACUGGAAACUAAAGUUUAAUCACAGAAAGAAACGGUCACAUCUGUUCCAAUUGGAAUGGGAGUCAUCAGCCUGGUCUAACUAAACCUCAUCUUUCUAACCUUUGUUGUUUCAUUCUGUCUUUAACAGCUGAUCAGAGACAAAGACACAGUCCUUUGCUAAGUCCUGCCCCCCCUUCAUUACUGUUGCUACACCUGUCACUGUGGUGUUUUCAGUGUUCUCUGAGAUUCCAAAGGGAGGAAAUUCCUGUAUUGAAUUAUGAAAUUGUAGAGAGAGGCCAAAGGAGCUAUUUUCAUGAUACAAUUGUGAUUUUUUAAAAUAUAGUUUUAAAUUUUUAUUGGUUUUCAAUGAGGCCAGAUUUCUGAAAGUGUAGAGGUUUCACACAUGUAGAUCCAGUCUUUUCUGUCUUCAUGUGUCCAAUAGUUCUGAACCAUUGUCACACAAAUUAGAUAUUUUCUUGGCGAUUUAUCAUCCAUAUGUGAUUGAGCAUUGAGUUACUUUGUCAUAAAAUGGUGGAAAAAUCAUUUUGCAAAUUCUCAGACGUCCUCAAACUAAAAAAAAUAUUAUUCUGAUUGUUUGUCCAUAGUCAACAACAAAAAAAAAAACACUUUAAAUUCAUGUUCCUCAUCGUUCAGCUGUAAGCGGCUUUUAGCUCAACAAAAGCAAAAUAUUUAUUAAAUGUAGAAAUGUUCAUGUCUCUGAGUUCUAUUAAUGCACUGUUUCAUUCUUCACAUGUUCUGAUGGCUUCCUGUGCCCGGUUACAGUUGCUAACGUAGGAAUGGGCGGUAACCACUUGGGGGAGGGGCUUAGUGAAGGUUUGUUCUAUGCCACAUCCAAAACAAGUCAAGUCAAUGUUAAAUCAAUUGGAAAUAAGUAGUUGCUCGUGUCUGAUCAAUGCCCAGUUUCUCCUUCUGCUUCCAUAUUGAAACAUGUCGACAUUCGUCCGAGUGCCUUUUGUUCUUUGUAAAUGUUACAGCGACUCCGAAGCCAAAUGUAAAUAUUACUGCUCCUUUGUCCUUUGUGAAACUGGCCUUUCACAGAAUGUUGUAGAAACGUCUUUGUACAGUGAUUUGUAGAUGAUAAUAGAAAACAAUGAGCCCAAGCAGGUCUUAAAAGCCAUGAAUAUGAGCAGCAGUUAAAAAUAUUUAUAAUAUAAUUUGUUAUCCUGUAGUCGUCACUGGAUUUCAUGUGUUUAUUUUCAUGUCUGUUUUUUUUUCAUUGUUUUGUGGCUCAGUAUUAGUCUGGCCUGUCUUUUCACCUGCCAUCCCCUGUUGGAAGCUGCAGAAAAGCAUUUUAUCUACAAGAAAAUUCCAAAUAAAGUCCAAAGUGGCAAGAAUGGAAGCUCGUGCAUGCAGGUUUUUAUUCAUGGCUGGUGCGUCUAAAGUUAAACCUGCUCUGAUCUCACCGUUAAUCCAUUAUUGAUUUGAAUUAUUUUGUGUGUGUCUCACCUAUUUGCAUCCAUCAAUAAAAUGUGCAUAUAUUUUCUCACAGUA